AUUUCUAAUAAUUUUCAUGUUAGGGUAAGGUGAGCUUUCUCCGACCUGAACCAAAGACUAAAAAAGAGGAUCCAAAGAGUUUUCAACCUUAAUUUAAGGAGUGACCCGAGAAGAGAGUUUCAGAGACUGACUUAGGAGAGAGGUUUAUUGCUUUGCUUUUAAGAAGAGAAAAGGUCAACAAGGUAGCGAUCUAAGCAUGUUCACAAGUUUGUCUGAGCAUCAUGCAGGUUUGUCGUCAUGCCCUCAAAACCCGGCUAGCUUUGCAUCCAGACAUUCUGGCCCACCAGUUCUAGGGCCUGGGGCAUUGAUUGAGGCCAGACCAAACUCGCAGAUGGAUGUUUCUGGCCAAGAAGCAAUGAGUGAGCCAUCUGCUGGAGCUGGUGUUCGAGUAGAGAUUGGUUUAGGAACCAUUGAGAAUGUGCAGGUGGAUGCCAUUGUAUCACCGAUGGUUGGCCAUGAUCCUGCCUCUACUCGCAUUGGAAAAAUUUUAAACAAUGUCACUGGUGGUCAGUUGGAAGUUAAGUUUUACCAGGAAGCGGGAGAAGCAACUCUUCCAAGUGAAACAGUUGUGGUUGAAGGGUUACCUGGUCUUAAAUGUAAAGCAGUAAUUUUCCUCAACUUACUCUGCUGGGAUGAUAACCAAAAUGGAUCAGCAGUCCAGGCACUUAGACAGGGAAUCAAAAGGAUUUUUGCCAUAUGUAAUGUCAGAGGCUACAGUUCAGUCACUCUUCCAGUGCUUGGAACUGGUGUUUUAUUGCGUUUUCCACCCAAAAUAACUUCCUUAAUUCUUCUUGAGGAAGUUGGUAUAUAUGGACAAAACCAGAUCAGCAGAUCAGGCUUCCUUGUUCGAGUCAUUAUUCACCCAAAGGACAAAGAAUCAAGUCAGGCAUUUUGGUCUGCUCAGGGGAUAUUGCUUCAAAGAGGGUUCAUUAACAAUAUUAUUCCGGAUCAAGGUUCCUUUUACCAGUGUGUGUCUUUAACUAAAGAUGAGAUGACAGCCAUGAUGGGUGGAGUCAAACUUCAGAUCCUCUGCGGCGACAUUGUAAAUGAAAGAACAGACGUUAUUGUCAACACAACCAACUUUGAAAACUUAUGGUUUGGUGUCUCCAAAGCCAUUCUGACAGCAGCAGGCCCAGCUGUCCAUGCUGAAUUGACACAAGUGGGUAUUCCAGAAGACUUGAUUUGCACAACAGCAGCUGGUAAGCUUGGGUGCAAAGAAAUAAUUCAUGCCAGGUUCAAGCGUCAAACUCGGAGGAUCCGCAACACUUGCCAAAAGAUCCUUAAGCUCUGUGAAGGCAAAGGAUUCAGCUCAGUGGCUUUCCCAGCUAUCAAUACAGGACAGGCUGGUAUGGACUUUGUGGAAUCUUGUAAAGCAAUGCUGGAUGGUAUGGCUUCAGCUAUUAGGGACAUAAAUCCUAAUUCUCUCUCACUGAUCCGCAUUGUCAUCCUGCAACAACCCGUCUAUCAGGCUUUCAGAUCAGAGCUGGAGAGUCGCUGUCUACAGGAUGUUCAAAGCUGCUUCAGUCUAAAAGGGGACAGAAAAGGACCAAUGAAGAAAAUACUGGAAAUGUAUUUGGGAAUCUCAAUGACUCAAUCAACAGAACACCAAACAGGAAUAUUGCCCGAUUCUGAGCCAGGUUGUGUGGCUUCAACUUUGGCAUUGGAAUUACCGGCACACUGGGAACCAAUGAAGGGAGAAGACUUUAAGAAAGUUGAGUUACAGCCUGAUUCUCCUGAGUAUCAGGAAGUGGCCGUGGGUUUCUGUAAAGCUAACAACUACAACAUCCACAAAAUUGAGCGAAUACAGAAUCUCUACCUGUGGCAUGCCUUUACCAUCUGUCGGUACCGUAUACUCUCUAAGAAUGGAAAAGAAGAACUGGGUGAAAAGUUCCUCUACCAUGGCACAUCUGUGGCAUCAUGCAACUCCAUUGAACGAGAUCGAUUUGACAGAAGUUAUGCAGGAAAACAUGCUACUCUCUAUGGAAAGGGGGUAUACUUUGCUGUCGACGCAAAUUACUCAGCCAACACUUACUCCCUCCCAGACACAUCAGGCCUAAAACGUCUCUAUGUUGCUCGUGUUCUUACUGGCCGCUACACAGUUGGUAAUCCCUCAAUGAAAACCCUCCCUCGUCGAGGAACAGAAGCUACUGACUGCUUUGACAGCUUGGUAAAUAACCAGGAGAACCCCUCCAUCUUUGUUAUCUUCCAUGAUGACCAGGCCUACCCGGAGUACCUCAUUACCUUUAGCUGAGUAAGAAUGAAAUAACUCUGAUUAUGAUAGUUUCUUAAUAAUGUCAUGUCAAAAAUGAAAGCUUUGAUUUUUGACUAACUUGUUUUAAUGAGGCUCUUUAAAAUGUCCCAAAUUAACUACAUACUAUAUAUUUCCAACAUUCCAACAACUGGCUGCUGUAGCAGCUUAUUAGUGUUUUUUUUUCUUUUCUUUUUUUUCUUAAAGAUGUUUUAUUAUCACAUCAGUAGUUAUCUGAUUGGUUCUCACCUGUUUCCUCCAGCCCUGUUAGUACCAUUCUGGUCCCUGACUGGAAAUUGGGCUCUGUCCAGUCCUUUCCAGACUAAUAUGUUGAGUAUGCAAUAAUUAAUCCUUUCUGUGCUGGGUGUAUAUAAGUUGUAUUCUGAAUAUAUUUUAGGGUUACUAUUCUGGAGAUUUUAUUUUAAUGAAUAUUUAAGCCACUAGUGUUUUAUUUAUUGCUGGUUGUUUCGUCGA